ACAUAGGCGGGGCCACACCUACAGACGAGGCGGCACCUGCAGCCAAAGGACCACAACACAAAAGUCCUCGCCAGAGACUCUCCUGCAGACGACAUGGAGCAAGCGCAGCAAGGUGUCAAGUCGAUGGCCAACGACGCCAUGAACUUCUUCAACCGUGUCAUUCAGAUGGCGGGAGAGACUGUGGGCCAAGCCGAGAAGACGGAACUGGACGCCAGCUUCCUCAAGCUCUUUGGCGAUGUGGACAUCACCAGGAACUGGACAGACAAGCUCAUCAAGCAAGUUGAAGUGGUCAUACAGCCCAAUCCCAGUGCCCGGGUGCAGGAGUUUUUCACCGGUUUUCUGGACAUGCCACCAAACCCACGGCAGACAGACACCGAGAUCCUGGGUCAGAGCUUCGUGGAUGCCGGCCAAGAGCUGGGACCCGGCACUAACUAUGGUGCUGCACUGACAAAGGCAGGCGAAACGCACAAGCAGCUUGGGACCAGCGAGAAGGAAUACAUCCAUGUCGUCUCCAAGGAUUUCCUGGGCCCUCUGCACAAGUUCCUUGACAAUGAUGUUGCCAUAAUAGCUAGAGAGCGGAAGGCUUUGGAAGCCAAACGCUUGGACUUGGACACACUCAGGUCCAAGCUGAAAAGGUGCACUGAUGAGGAAGAAAAACAAAAGCUGGAGGCUGAAACCCGCCAGGCCCAGGCCCAGUUUGAUCACCAGGCCGAGACCACCAAGAUCCUCCUAGAAGGUCUCAAGUCCACUCACGUGAGUCACCUGGCAUGCUUGCAUCACUACGUUGAUGCUAAAGCCAAAUACCACGAAGACUGUCUGCAGAAGCUGAAAACCCUGCAGCAAGACUUGGGAAAGAAACCUGAUCCUCCAAAAGUGGGCGAUCCUCCAAAGAAUACAUAUGCCCCAAAGAACGUGGACCCUCCGAAGAGCACAGCAUCCCCAAAGGUCGUGGUUCCUCCGAAGGCUGAAGACGAUGCUGAACUCUCCCUGAUUGAUGGCCUGUAAAGCCUGGUGUGUUUCAAAUCCAGAGGACGCAGACGGGGAGGGAACCUGACGUGCCUGAGCAGCAUAACGUCAUCGCAAUAAACGGUCCCAGCGAAACUCGCUAAAAGUCCCACCACGUAAGCCAAGUGCACGAGGUUGGGUUCGAUGUUUAAGCAUGGUCAAGAGAGUAAAUUAGACUGCAGUACUGCAAAGAAGUAGGCAAUUGCCACUGUACUGUGUACUUUAAUUCAAAGAGGCCACAAUUCGCACGUAGUCUCUGAAAAUUAUGGCUGGCGUGAUGGGCUUUGUGGAAACGGUGAUUUGUUUUAAACUGCUUGGUUUGAGGUGACGGCGGUUCACUUAUAGGUUAGCACUGACAACCACGCAGAACUAUGUAGUACAUAUCACUUGUUUUACAUUAUUUCAAUACGCAUUUAUAUAACGUAUGUAUGCAGAGAAUUCAACGGUGCCUACGUUUUCCUAUCUCGGUGUCAAUUGUGCAUUUUAAUAACAAUGUUAAAGGGCUUCGGUCUGGGUAUGCAAAUCUGAUAAAUAGUGUUUUUUUAACUGGAAAUUGGAGCUAAUACAACAUUAAAUAAAAGGAUUUUUUCUUGAAAA